AUGGCAGCUCUGCCCGGGACGGUGCCUCGGAUGAUGCGCCCGGCUCCGGGGCAAAACUACCCUCGCACAGGCUUCCCCCUGGAAGUUUCCACCCCACUGGGCCAGGGUAGGGUGAACCAGCUCGGAGGGGUCUUCAUCAACGGCCGCCCGCUGCCCAACCACAUCCGCCACAAGAUCGUGGAGAUGGCCCACCACGGGAUCCGGCCCUGCGUCAUCUCCCGGCAGCUGCGGGUCUCCCACGGCUGCGUCUCCAAAAUCCUCUGCAGGUACCAGGAGACGGGCUCCAUCCGCCCCGGAGCCAUCGGGGGCAGCAAGCCCAGGCAGGUUGCGACUCCCGACGUGGAGAAGAAAAUCGAGGAAUACAAGAGGGAAAACCCCGGGAUGUUUAGCUGGGAGAUCCGAGACAGGCUCCUGAAGGAUGGGCACUGCGACCGGAGCACCGUCCCCUCAGUGAGUUCGAUUAGCCGUGUGCUACGCAUCAAAUUCGGGAAGAAAGAGGAAGAGGAGGACUGCGACAAGAAGGAGGAAGAUGGGGAGAAGAAGGCCAAGCACAGCAUAGACGGCAUCCUGGGCGACAAAGGUAACAGGCUGGAUGAAGGCUCUGACGUUGAAUCCGAACCAGACCUGCCUUUGAAGCGCAAGCAACGCCGCAGUCGAACCACUUUCACCGCUGAGCAGCUGGAGGAGCUGGAGAAAGCCUUCGAGAGAACCCACUACCCAGACAUCUACACACGAGAAGAGCUAGCUCAGAGAACCAAGCUCACUGAGGCCCGAGUUCAGGUGUGGUUCAGCAACCGAAGAGCGAGAUGGCGCAAACAGGCAGGAGCGAACCAACUUGCGGCUUUCAAUCACCUGCUGCCGGGGGGCUUCCCGCCGACAGGAAUGCCGACUCUCCCCCCGUACCAGCUGCCGGACUCCACCUACCCAACAACCACCAUUUCCCAAGAUGGGGGAAGCACUGUUCACAGACCCCAGCCCCUGCCGCCAUCCACCAUGCACCAGGGAGGGCUUGCUGCAGCCGCCGCUGCUGACACUGGCUCUGCCUACGGAGCCCGACACAGCUUCUCCAGCUACUCGGACAGCUUCAUGAAUGCUGCAGCUCCUGCCAACCACAUGAAUCCUGUUAGCAAUGGCCUCUCUCCACAGAAGCAGGGUGCCCAAAACAAGAUGCAGUGCUCCAGGUGGAACCUCACCAUAGCCUUGAACAAUCAGGUGAUGAGCAUCCUGAGCAACCCCAGCGGGGUUCCUCCGCAACCCCAGGCUGACUUCUCCAUCUCUCCCCUUCACGGUGGCUUGGACACCACCAACUCCAUCUCUGCCAGCUGCAGCCAGCGGAGUGACUCCAUCAAGUCUGUGGAUAGCCUCCCGACUUCCCAGUCCUACUGUCCUCCCACCUACAGCACCACCAGUUACAGUGUGGACCCAGUGGCUGGCUACCAAUAUGGACAGUAUGGACAAACUGCUGUUGAUUAUUUGGCCAAGAACGUGAGUCUGUCUACACAGCGUAGGAUGAAGCUGGGAGAACAUUCAGCCGUUCUGGGCCUCCUACCAGUAGAGACAGGCCAAGCUUACUGA